GAGCAGUGGUGCUGAUGUGGAGAGAAGCCCAGGGUACCACUAAUUGAGGGAGUGAAGAAGGGAGCAGCUCACUUCUAACUGGACUGCAGUGUCCUGAGCUGGUGGCAGACCUGCCCUGACUUUCACUAGGACUCACCUCUCACAUUCCAGAAAACAUGACCCUCGCAGCCUACAAAGAGAAGAUGAAGGAGCUCCCGCUGGUGUCCUUGUUCUGCUCCUGUUUCCUGGCAGACCCCCUGAAUAAGUCAUAUAAAUAUGAAGGCUGGUGUGGGAGAGAGUGUAGGAGAAAAGAUGAAAGCCAGCGGAGAGACAGUACUGACUGGAGAGAAAGAAGAGAGCAGGCAGACACGGUGGACCUGAACUGGUGUGUAAUUUCCGACAUGGAAGUCAUCGAACUGAACAAAUGCACCUCUGGCCAGUCCUUUGAAGUCAUCCUGAAGCCACCCUCCUUUGAUGGGGUGCCCGAGUUCAAUGCCUCCCUCCCCAGGAGGCGAGACCCAUCGCUGGAAGAAAUCCAGAAGAAGCUGGAAGCGGCUGAGGAGAGAAGGAAGUACCAGGAAGCUGAGCUCCUGAAGCACCUGGCAGAGAAGCGAGAACAUGAGCGGGAGGUGAUCCAAAAAGCCAUUGAGGAAAACAACAACUUCAUCAAGAUGGCAAAGGAAAAACUGGCUCAGAAGAUGGAAUCCAAUAAGGAGAACCGGGAGGCCCACCUUGCCGCCAUGUUGGAACGGCUGCAAGAGAAGGACAAGCACGCGGAGGAGGUGCGGAAAAACAAGGAGCUGAAGGAGGAGGCCUCCCGGUAAAGCCCAGAGGCAAAGAAGUUUCCAGAACGGCCGGACAGCUCCAGCGGCUCCGCAGUUCCCGAGGCAGCCUCGCCUGCCGCUGGCUGCUCUCCCAGCACUGGGGUUUGGGGGGAGGGGGGUGGCCAGGGGCGUUUCCUCUGCUUUUGGUGUUUGUACAUGUUAAGAAUUGACCUGUGAAGCCAUCCUAUUUGUUUCAGGGGAACAAUGAUGGGGUGGGAGAGGGGAGAAAAGGAGCCGAGGUUUGGAAAGGGAGAUGGAGGACUCGUGGGCAUUUGCUACCCAGCCCAAGGCAAGUCCUCGGCUUUUCUUCACAGUGAGCAUCCGGGCACCGCCUUGAGGGAAGUUAAAAUCAGGCGGUAGAAUUCCGAGUGAAGGGCGGAGUCCUGGGUGGAGCGAGGGCUGCAGGGCGUGGCCGGAGACGCCAGCAGGGGGUGUGGGGGGGGGCCCUGCGGCUGGGGGAUGAGGUCUGAGUGUGUGUGUGUGGGUGUGUGCGCGUGCGUGUGUCCGUGCGUGUGUGUGUGUGUGUGUGUGUGUGUGUGUGUUUUAACCAUCAUCUUUUGAUCAUCAUGACCAAUAAUGAAACAUUUACUCCAAGUCUCCGGUUUUUUAUUUCUUGAAUUUGUCCUUUGUGUAAUUGAUAGAAUGUUCUUGAAUUUGGUUUCUGCCCAUCAGGUGCCAGAUGCCCCUUUUAUUCCUUAGUUGGACCAUCAGGGUAUCUGAGGUGCUGGGUGAGGAGGGUUGAAACACGCCAGCCUUCUUUUUACCACCCCGCCCCCCGCCCCCCGUCCCCCGCUUGUGGGCUGCCCCGUGUUGGACUGAGUGCACUGAAUUGGUAAGAAAACAAAUCCAAUUUUCCUUUGCAUGGAUUGACAUUCUAACGUGGUCCCCAAGAUGCAGAGUAAGAAGGAAGUCCUCACUUUAGGGGUGUGGGAUGCUAGGUGGUCACAAAUAGUGAGCUAGUGAGGAAAUAAAACGUUUGUUAGUGGAAAGCAGAGGGGAUCAUUUCAGAUCCAGCAGUCAUCCCUUUAUCCAGAACGCCAAACCACGGCUGGGAAAGGAGUCUCCCUCCUCCUAUCCCUGCAAACAGGAGUGGGGUGGGGGCAGCCUGUGUGAACAGGAUCCCAGGGCACCUCUCCACCCUGCCCCUCACACUGUAGUUUUGUACAGCUUUGUAAAUAAAUCGUUUGGUAUUGCUAUCCCCCCCACCCCCACUAGUGGUACUGCAAUUUAGCUUCAUUUUAGAAUAGGAUAACAGGAGGGAUCAGAGAUGAUGAUGAUGAUGAUGAUGAUGAUGAUGAUGAUGAUGGCGGUGGUGGCAGCUAACACAUAGGCAACAUUUACUAGAUGCCUGACAAUUUUCUGAGUCAAUAUAUAUAUAUACUCACUUAAUCCUCACAACAACUCUAUUAUCCCAUUUUGCAGACAAGACAACUGAGACUUAGAAAGGUUAAGUAACUUGCUCAAGGCCACACAGGUUGUAAGUGAGAGAACAAAGACGUCAAUUCUGGUGUUUUGCUUCCAGAGUCCAAGUUCUUAGCUCCGGCACUGUGCUGCUUCUCAAUACUCUCGAACUAGGAUAUAAGUCUUAGGACAGUGUUCCUCAGACUGCGAGUUGUAACUCAUUGGAUUGUGAAAUCAACUUAGUGUGUGCCACCCAAAUUAAAUUUUUUAAAAAUAGGAAUAGAAGAGAAUUUAAAUGGAAACGGAAAUAGAAAAUAACAUAUCAAAGUGAUUCCAGGCAGUAACAGAGAUAUUGUUUUAUGGAAAUUGUAUUUCAAUUUUAUAUUUGUAUGUAAGUUCCAGGUCAUAGCAUAAGAUGUAUUUAUUUUUAACUUUUUAUUUUAUAUUGGAGUACAGUUGAUUAACAAUGUCAUGUUAGUUUCAGGUGUAUAGCAAAGUGAUUCAGUUAUACAUAUACAUGUAUCUAUUCUUUUUCAAAUUCUUUGCUCAAUAUUAUGUAACAACCUAAAUGGGAAAAGAAGAUGUAUUUCUUACUAGAGGUUGCAGUCAAACCUUUGGAAAGUCACUGCCCUAGAAUGAAUAAGGAGCCCAAAGCUGUAACCCCAGGGGCUUCAGAAACCUGCUGUGCUUGAGAAAGUGAGAGGCUUUGCCCAUACCAUCAAGAACUGUCUGCUUCUGGGGACUUCCCUGGUGGCGCAGUGGUUAAGAAUCCACCUGCCAAUGCAGGGGACACAGGUUCGAGCCCUGCUGCGGGAAGAUCCCACAUGCCGCAGAGCAACUAAGCCCGUGCGCCACAACUACUGAGCCUGCACUCUAGAGCUGCGAGCCACAACUACUGAGCCCAUGUGCCACAACUACUGAAGCCUGUGUGCUUAGAGCCCGUGCUCUGCAGCAAGAGAAGCCACCGCAAUGAGAAACCUGCACACCGCAACAAAGAGUAGCCCCUGCUCGCCGCAACUAGAGAAAGCCCACGUGCAGCAAAGAAGACCCAA